AUGGGCAAGAAGCCAAAGCAGAGCCACCCCAAGAGCGGAGCUCGAGCUCCACCAACAAUGGCGCCACCUCCGCUCCUCCGCGCUUUAAAACACCUCUCCUCAUCCUCUCGCUAUCGAAGCUACUUCCGAGGCUCGCCUCUCUCCCCUCCGCCUCGUCGUCGUCUCCUUCCUCCUCCUCCUCCUCCUCCCGUCCUCCUCUUCGGCCUCCCAUGGCGGAGGGGUAAUCCCCUCUCCGCUCGAUUCUACUCCUUCGAUGUAUCAAUGAGUUCCCGCACGAUCCCGGCGCCUUCACCAGAAAACACCUCUCCUCAUCCUCUCGCUAUCGAAGCUACUUCCGAGGUCGCCUCUCUCCCCUCCGCUCUCGUCGUCGUCUCCUUCCUCCUCCUCCUCCUCCUCCCCGUCCUCCUCUUCGGCCUCCCAUGGCGGAGGGGUAAUCCCCUCUCCGCUCGAUUCUACUCCUUCGGUAUCAAUGAGUUCCCGCACGAUCCCGGCGCCUUCACCCAGGGCUUAUUAUAUGGAGGGAAUGAUACACUAUUUGAGUCCACAGGUCUUUAUGGAAGGUCAUCAGUUCGAGAGGUUCUUCUCAAGACAGGAAAGGUACAGGCUUAUCAUGCAAUGGAUGGAUCUUUAUUUGGAGAAGGUCUUACUCUUUUAGGUGAAAGGUUGUUUCAAGUAACUUGGUUGCGGAAAACUGGUUUCAUAUAUGAUCGAUACAACUUCAGCAACCGAGAGUUGUUUACUCAUGACAUGAAAGAUGGGUGGGGACUGGCGACUGAUGGAAAAGUUUUAUUUGGGAGUGACGGAAGCUCAACUUUAUAUCAGCUUGAUACUAGGACCUUGAGAGCUAUAAAAAGUGUAACUGUCAGGUACAAAGAUCGUGAAAUUCCGUUUCUUAAUGAACUGGAGUAUGUAAAUGGCGAAGUAUGGGCAAAUAUUUGGAUGACAGAUUGCAUAGCCAGAAUCUCUCAUAAAGACGGUCUCGUGGUUGGUUGGAUUCUUCUUCAUGAGCUAAGGCAACGCUUGUUACAAUCUGGACAUACUGCUAUAGAUGUUUUGAACGGCAUUGCUUGGGAUAAGGAAAUGAACCGAUUAUUUGUAACUGGAAAACUGUGGCCGAAGCUUUACGAGAUUAAACUUCGUCCUAUAACCGACCCUUCAAAUGGAAGAAUAGAGAACCUAUGCCCAAUUGGAGCAUAAAUCGGUAAACGAAGAUGCCGACUUCAUUAUAUGGAUAUACGACUAAAACACACACCAGAAUAGAUCGCCAGAAACUGUACUCUGAUCUUCGGCUGGAUGGUUUUCUGUCGACAACUACGAAUGCCAAUUGAACGAGGUAUUUUUGAGACAUUUGGGAAUAUGUGCUUUAAAAUUGAUCUGCAAAUUACGUAAAAUAUAUGAUUAAUACUAUUUAUGUGGGGUUGGUUAAUACUGAUCUUAAUUCCCCUAUGAAAAAUGUAUCCAUGAAUGGCAUGUAGUGUAUUUUUGUUUUUUUGUUUGGGGGGUUUGUUGCAGAACAGCUUGUAUGUGAGGGAUCUCCAUGCAUUUUUACCAUAAAAGUAAGUAAAUUUGCCCCCUUAUGGUUUA